AUGGCCUCUCAAGAUGCAGAGAUGGAGAUUCAACGCGAGGACCCGACAUUCGAGUCUGUCGUGACCGAGCGCACGCAACUCAUACAGGAGCUUCAGGAGGAGGACCUCUACGUGAAAUACAAGAAACUAUCGCGUCAUCUAGAGAUGCUCGAAAUCCAAGAAACAUACGUGAAAGACGAGCAGGCGAACCUCAAACGCGAACUUAUCCGCGCGCAAGAGGAAGUCAAGCGUAUCCAAUCCGUUCCCCUCGUCAUUGGCCAAUUCCUCGAGGCCAUCGACCAGAGCACCGGUAUCGUCGGCUCGACAACCGGCUCGAACUAUGUCGUCCGAAUUCUGUCUACUCUGGACCGCGAAUUGCUUAAGCCGUCUUCGAGCGUGGCGCUGCAUCGGCAUUCGAACGCACUCGUGGAUAUAUUACCGCCGGAAGCGGAUAGUUCAAUUACGAUGUUGGGCGAGCAGGAGAGGCCGGAUGUCACAUAUUCGGAUGUUGGAGGAAUGGACUCGCAGAAGCAGGAGAUCAGGGAGGCGGUCGAGUUGCCACUCACGCACUUCGACCUCUACCGCAAGAUUGGUAUCGACCCUCCGCGCGGUGUUCUCUUGUAUGGUCCACCAGGUACUGGAAAGACCAUGUUGGUCAAAGCAGUAGCACACCACACGACCGCCUCUUUCAUCCGCGUCGUUGGCUCCGAGUUCGUGCAGAAGUACUUGGGAGAGGGCCCACGUAUGGUUCGCGACGUCUUUCGUUUGGCACGAGAGAACGCACCAGCUAUCAUCUUCAUUGACGAGGUUGAUGCCAUCGCUACAAAGCGUUUUGAUGCGCAGACGGGUGCCGAUCGCGAGGUGCAGCGUAUCCUGCUCGAACUUUUGAACCAGAUGGACGGCUUCGACCAGGGCAGCAAUGUCAAGGUCAUCAUGGCGACGAACAGGCAAGACACUCUUGAUCCCGCACUACUUCGUCCCGGUCGUCUGGACAGGAAGAUCGAGUUCCCAUUGCCAUCUCGCCGUGAACGUCGCCUCAUCUUCCAAACAACAACGAACAAGAUGAACUUGUCGCCCGACGUUGACCUCGAAGACUAUGUCUCACGGCCAGAUCGCUUGUCCUCGGCCGAGAUUGCAUCCGUUGUCCAGGCAGCUGGUCUACAAGCUGUGCGCAAAAAUCGAUACGUCAUUCUGCCGGUGGACUUCGAGGAAGCGUGGAAGCAAACCGUCAAGCGCACCGACGAGACGCAUGCUUUCUACCGGUGA